ACUUGCCCCAUCCUGUUAACAAUGGAUUUCAUGUGCAUCAUUUUAUCCUCAUGUUUUCUCCAAAUUAAAGCCUUAAGGGGCAGUAACUUCCUCUACAGCUGCUGACAUGCUGUGAGUGUAUACAAGUACCACCCUGAGUACUACCAGCUGCAGGAUACUGCGUGUGUGCGUGUACAUACACACACAGUGUAGUCAUCUGUGCACAGAGCUAAAGUUUUUGCACCAAAUCCAUGUUUAUCCUUUUGGUGAUGUUAGUGCUUUGCAGGAAAUGCAUGAGCUAGUCCAGCACGUGUCACGCAUUUGGCUUCGGGAGUCUGACAUGUGGCACGUGAUGUUGAUGGAGGGUCUGGGACCCACCUAUUGGAGCGGACUCCUGCGGGGGAGGGGGGGGCUCCUCCCGCCUCUUGUGUGGCUCAUCUCGUGCAGUCUGCACAGGGGAGCCGCAGUAAUCCAGCGCAGCGCCAAUCGAAACCUUUCCCUCUCAUCAUCCCACGAGACCCGGAGGACUAAGUUCAGUUUGACCCUCUUUCCCCCCCGAUGGGACCCGCAGACUGAAGCCGGCCCGCUCAGCUCCUCGCCCCGGGACCCGCAGCCAUGGACCGGCGCGCAUCGGGCUCGCAGCGCAUCUCUGGAUAUUUACGCGUCGCGCUGCUGUGGCUCGUGCACGCUGCAGGAGCGCUCGCGCCACACGCUCCAGAGUGUUACCCGGGAGGCCACCGGACGUUGCGUAACCCCUACCGCAGCGUGGACUUUGACUCCACGGAGAUCCAGGACACGGCGAUCCAGGACCUGGUCUGUGACCACUCGCUGUCUCCGGGCUGGUACCGGUUCAGGAUCAACAACAGGCCGGCGGAGAUGCCGACCACCUGCGUUGAGAUGAACCGCUGCGGUACUCAAGCUCCGGUGUGGCUCUCCCUGAAGGACGGCCCCCUGCCGCGGCCCGGCGAGCUCCGCCAGAUCUCCGCCUGCGCCACCUGGCAGUUCUUCCAGGGCAGCACCAAGGACUGCUGCCUGUUCCGGAUCCCCAUCACGGUGCGCCACUGCGGAGACUUCCUGGUCUACCGGCUGCAGCCCACCCAGGGGUGCAUGGGCUACUGCGCCAAAGUUACUCCAGAUUUGGGACCCCGACUCUGCCCGCCAGCCGCCGUCCCCCCCCUGCCGUCCCGGCCCGUCAUCACCCCGGAGCUCGUCGGCCACAGCGUCCACCUGAGGUGCUCCUUCACGCCGCCGCCCUGGAGCGCGCCGCUGGGCUUCCAGGUGGUCUGGGCCAGACGCAUCGGCCACAGCAUGAAGGCCGAGAUCGGGCAGGAGUCCACCGCGAAGCCCUUCUCCCUGAGGGAGAUGGAUGGCGUCCACUUCAGGCUCGGGGAAACGUUCUCCUGCAGCGUGUCGACGUUCACAGCCAACUCCAGCAGAUCUCCUCCCAAAGAAAGUGAGGGCUUCUACGCCGGACUGAAGUUCUCUCCAGACUCGCUCCACAUAGCAGAGAACGGCAAAGAGCACCAGGUGACCGUGCACAGCACGGUGCCCGUCCCCUGCCACGGCGCCGACCACGCCCGCCAGUGUGGAGUCCCUCUGGAUCUGAGCGUCCACGACCCAGACGGAGUGGAGCGCGAGGCCCCCAACGUAGCGCUGUCCGCCUGCCGGGUGGAGCUGCGGCCCGCCGCCUGCGGUCGGGGAGGCUGCGGCCGGGCGGCGCUGUUCGUCACCGCCGUCACCGACUUCACGCGGGACGGGAAUCGCCCGAGCCUCAUCGGAGUCUCGCCCGGACCCGGAGCCCCGCGACUCUGGAGGAGCUACGUCCCGACGCCUCUGAAGGUCACGGUCCAGGACGUUCCCACCUCCAUCUGCUACUCUCUGACUGACCCACAUGUCAUCACUCUGGACGGCAGGCGCUACGAGAACCACCAGACGGGCACCUUCGUGCUCCACCGGAGCCUCAACAGGGACUUCGAGGUCCACGCCCGCCAGUGGGACUGCGGCAGCCGGCACUACGCCGUCGCCUGCAGCUGCGGCGUGGCGGCGCGGGAGGGGAACGACGUCGCCGUGCUGGACAUGUGCGACGGGCAGCCGCGGGAGACCCGGCCUCAGAUCACCCUGAAGAACCUCGGCGGCGGGGAGGGGGGCCGGGUCAGGGUGCUGGAGUCCCACCGGGGCAAGAAGAUCACCUUCAUCUUUCCCUCCGGGGCCUUUGUUAGGGCCGACGUCGGCGAUUGGGGGAUGAGCCUGUCGGUACGGGCGCCCAGCGCCGACUACGGCGCCACGCGGGGCCUCUGCGGCACAUUCGACCGCAACGCCAACAACGACUUCCAGGGCCCCGACGGGGCCUCCCACGGCCCCGAGGACCUGCACCGCUUCAUCGAGGCCUGGAGGAUUGCUCCCGGUGAGAGUCUGUUUGACAGGACUCCUCCCGGGCCGGUGCAAGAGGUCAGGAGGUCGUUCUGUCAGUGCCAGAAAGGAUUUGUCUCUUCUCAUCCCGCCGGCCGAGGCGCGAGGAACCCGUUCGACUCCGACUGCACGGCCCGCGAUGACGUGGACCACACGUCGGUGUUCCCCUCCAUGGACACGACCGUGGAGUACGCCGCUCGUGCAGAGAGAGAGGAAAGCAUCCGGGACACGUCCGUGUUCCUCGCUCAUCCCCUGGAGAGGAGGCACCUAGAAAGAAACGCCGAUCUGGAACUGGACGGCGAGCUCAGGGAGGAUCUGCUGCUUCGCGCCGGCCGGCCCCGGAGACAGGCGUCCUUUGAGUUCCGGCCCGUCUUUGCCGCUCAGAGCCUCAGCCAGGAGGACCUGGACAACUUGGCCUACUUCUUCCCAGAGGAUCACCGGGCGGAGGCCCGGCCGGCGCCGCGACCCCAGUGGCCGACGCCGAGCGGCCUGACCUCGGCCAAAGCUCUGGAGGUGUGCCACGCGGCUCUGGCCGACUCCAGCGUCGGCGCGGUGUGCCGCGGGCUGCUGGGACGCCGCCUGGAAGAGGCGGUGGACCUCUGCGUCCUGGACCUGCAGCUCAAAGACGACCUGGGCUGGGAGGAGGCCCUGCUGCCCUACCUGGAGAACGAGUGCGAGAGGAGGCUGUUGGACAACCGGACCCGGAGAGCCACGGAGGUGGCGUCCAGCGCGGUGGAGACGGCGCUGCGCUGCCCCAACUCCUGCAACGGGAACGGAGAGUGCACCGAGUGGGGCUGCCAGUGCCACCCCAGCCACAGCUUCUACGACUGCAGCCUGGCCAUCAGCCAGCCGGUGGAGCUCACGGAUUUGGAGAACGGCGGACUGUGUGACAUCCGAGCCUUCAACUGUCGCAGCGUUCGCGUCUUCGGCCUCGGCUUCGUCGACUCCCCCGACCUCAGCUGCCACGCCACCAGGCUGAAGUACAUGAACGGCGUUUGGGUCGAAGGGGAGCAUCAGAGGACCACGGCCAGCUUCCUGAGUUCCAAGGCUCUGGACUGUGCCGUUCCGUCUCUGAGCAACGCGGCCAUCAACACGGAGGACUUCAUGAUGGACGACAAGCCGUACGCACGCUGGGAGAUGAAAGUCACCAACGAUGGGUCCCAGUACAGCCGGGCCAAGGUGCUCACCAUCUACGACGGCGUCUGCCAGGUGUGCGAGGCCUCGCGCUCGGGCCUCUGUAAGUUAAAGGAGAGGACGUGUAACAUCGACGGGAUGUGUUUUGCAGAGGGAGUCUCCAGCCCCAGCAGCCCGUGUCUCCUCUGUGACCCGGAAACAUCCAAAUUCAGCUGGUCUGUGAAUCAAGUCAACGAGCCGCCGGCCUUCCACCGGCCUCGGAGCGCCCUACGCACGUUCGCCGGGGAGAACUUUGUGUUCCAGUUCUCGGCGUCGGACCCCGAGGGCUCGGCCCUCCUCUUCCAGCUGGAGGCUGGGCCGAAGGGGGCCGUGCUCUCGCCCGCCGGCCUCCUCAUCUGGAGGGUGCCCGAGGAGGAAGAGGAGGAGGGACGUCACACCGUCGGCUUCACGCUGUCGGACGAGUGCGACGCCCAGAGCGCCUUCACGGCGGAGAUCUCGGUGGUCCCGUGUGCGUGUCGGAACGGAGGUGCGUGCGUGACGGACGUCCACUUCCCCGCUGGAAGCGGGAAGCACCUGUGCGUGUGUCCCGAGGGCACGCAGGGCGACCUCUGCGACCGGGAGGCGGACGAGUGCCGGGGGGCGCCGUGCGCCGCCGGCGAGUGCGUCGACGCGGCCGGCGGCGGGUUCAGGUGCGAGUGUCCCGCGGGGUUAAAAGGUGUCACGUGCCUGGAAGACGUCAACGAGUGCGAGGGGACGCCGUGUUUCCCGGGAGUCUGGUGCUUCAACGGCUACGGCACCUACGGCUGCGGCUCGUGCCCCAGAGGCAUGCUGGGAAAUGGGACCGUAUGCACAGCCGUCGUCUCCUCCACGUCUGCUCCUCACACGACGGCCCAAGAGGCGCCAGGUGUCCCGCUGCAACCCCCCCGAAUAAAGACCUCCAGCGGUGACCCGAGACGGACUCUGGGGACGAGGCUGCCCCCGGAGGCUGACGAGAGCGGUGCAGCCGAUGCUCUGAGGAGGAGCCACGGGGUUAAACUCAACCCGGCCGCGACCAACACGGACCGCUUCCAGAACAGAUCUGGGAUCGGCAACGCUAUUGCGGAGACAUCCGACGUGGGCCGACCUCCAGGAAGUGACCGACGGGCAUCAGGUUCUGGUCCGCCUCCGGCCGCGAACGCGUCGGCGACGUGUGCCAGCAGGCCGUGCUUCCCCGGGGUUCAAUGCAUCAACCGCCGGCCGCCGCACGUCGGCCACGUCUGCGGCCGCUGCCCGCCCGGUCUCUACGGCAACGGGCGCGUCUGCAUGAAGAACGCCAAGGAAGCGUCCAAUCACCUCCCUCAGCAGCAGUCCUUCCGGCCGCCGCACGGCAGAGUCUCUCCGCUCCGCCUGCUCCACCUGCCCAGCAUCAAACACCCGUCCUGGGCCGUCGCCAGGGCGCACCGAGACUACGCGCCGCGCCGGGUUCCCACAUCGGGGAGGGGCGGCGGCACCGGGAGGAGAGAGGCCGUCAUCGCCGCGGCCAGAACGUCCAUCGGUGCCGGCCUCAGAUGGGACGCCAGGACGACCGUCUCCAGGGACUUGACGGUUCCCCGCGUGACGUCCUCCGAGUCCGAGGCGGCGACGCCGGCCGCUCCUCGCCGAUCCGCCCACGCCAAACCCCGGACCCCUCCCAGACCCGCCUUCCCUCUCACGGCGGCCCUCGCCGCGGCGUCGUACCCGCCGGCCGACUCGGAGUUCUCCGCCGACGGAGACGAGGCCGAAGAACCGCAGGCGUCGACCGUCGCCACGCCGAGCCGGGCGCCUCACGGCUCCCCGCCACAAAGAGCCGCCUCGGGCCGGGCGGGCGACCCCGCGGCGACCUGCGCCGAGCGGCCGUGUUUCCCCGGCGUCCCGUGCGAACCGGACGCGCGCCGCGGUUUCCGGUGCGGCCGCUGUCCCGUCGGAUACACCGGAGACGGGCGAGCCUGCAGAGCCGUCUGCCGGCGCGCGUGCGGCCGCAACAUGGCGUGUGCCGCGCCCAACACGUGCCGCUGCAAACCGGGCUACACGGGGUUCGCCUGUCAGAUGGCCGUCUGUGAGCCGGGCUGCGUGAACGGGGGCGAGUGCGUGGCGCCCGGCGUGUGCCGCUGCCUCGCCGGGUUUCACGGAGACACCUGUCAGGAAGCUCUGUGCAGGUCGCCCUGUGAGAACGGAGGCUCCUGUGUGGGUCUGCACACGUGUUCCUGUCCUUACGGGUUCGUCGGCCCGCGGUGCGAGACCAUGGUUUGCAACCGGCACUGUCACCACGGAGGCCAGUGUGCGUCUCCGGACGAGUGCACGUGUGCGUCAGGCUGGAGCGGACCGUCCUGUGAGACAGCUCUCUGCUCUCCCGUGUGCCUCAACGGGGGUUCGUGUGCUCGGCCGAACAUCUGCGAGUGUCCUCGCGGUUUCUACGGCGCCCGGUGUCAGAACGCCGUCUGCAGCCCCCCCUGUAAGAACGGCGGUCUGUGCAUCAGGACCGGCGUCUGCUCCUGUCUGCAGGGAUACACCGGCAGGCGCUGCGAGAAAAGUGUGUGUGAGCCCGUGUGCAUGAACGGCGGCAGGUGUGUCGGCCCCAACCUGUGCGACUGCCCGUCGGGUUGGGGAGGCGAGCGAUGCGAUACACCCAGCUGCCUGCAGAAGUGCCUGAACGGAGGGGAGUGCGUGGGAGCCGACGCCUGCCGCUGCUCGCCGGGAUGGCACGGCCUGAUGUGCCAGACCCCUCACUGUGACCACGCGUGUCUCCACGGCAGCCGGUGCGUGCGGCCCAACGUCUGCGCCUGUCGGAGCGGAGCGCUCUGCUCCAGAAGGCUCCCUAUUGGCCGAGGUUGAGACCCACCGACAGCCAGACGGACACCAAGCAUCCGGAUGAAGACGUCCAGGUGAGCCGUCGGAGGAAACGUGUCAAGAGUCGAGUUCCAUCUCUGUGCACUCUGCAAAGAAACUCACAGCGGGGGGGCAGUUAUGUUUUCACAGCUUGAAAGCACACUAAACUAAUAUCUACAAGCAGUCACACAACUGGAUGAACUGUUGUUUUGUUGUUUGCGCCACGUCUCCAGAAAUCUGCUUCGCCGAGUGCAUAUUUAUGUAGAAAUACCUCCGAGCUCCCGAGGCUAACGGUUUCCCCCCGCUUCCAGUCUUUGUGCUAAGCUAGGCUAACGAGCCACUGGGAAGUACGGAGGAAUCAUUUCACAACAUUAUAAAAGUCUAAACACUAUAAUUUCUAUUUGAUCAUACGUGAAACGUAAAGUUAUUAAUCAGGUCGUUACAAGCAGCUAUUUUCAUUUCCAAGUUGGGGAACAUUUUUAACGACACAAACCCAAAUGUAUGAGUAUUUAUUUAUUUGGUUUGAUUAUAUUUCUUGGUGUAUAUAUAUAUAUAUAUCUUCAUCACUGUAUUAUCUGUUAAUUCUCAUUAAGGCAAUGUGUAUGGGUUGUUUUGUAAAAAAAUAAAAUAAUAAUAAAUAUC